UUGUACAGCAGCAUAUGCAUACGCACUAUUGUCCAUUUUUCUUUUCGUGCGUUGAUGCGUACGCGCUCCCAAUUCACCCUCCUCUGUUGGGAGCACCGGCACUGUUGGUGCGUCUGCAUUCCCCCCUUAGAUGAGAACCGUGUGACUCCUCAGUACCCCUCUCCUCCUUCCCCAACAUUCAUCCCUAUCCUCUCCUUCUCCAUUUCAACGCCCACCACCCACCAACGAACCAACCGCCGCCGCUCACUAUCACCGGCGACCACCCAGCCGCAACCCUUUCUCUUCCCCUUUCAUCUUCUCUGAGCCAUCCAACACCCACCAUCUUCCUUAUCACCACCGCGAAGUUCUCUACUUCUGUUUCAAAUCUCCAUCAUUGUCCAUCCGCUCUGCAACCGCGGCUUUCUCCUUCCCUCUUUCUUCUUCUUCUCCUCACCUUCCUUCCGCAAGUCCACAACACCGCCGCGCCCCUUUCUUUUCUUCUUCCCCUCUUCUCACCUUCUCCGCGGGGUCACCACAAAAACCAGACCAUCACUCCUUCUUCAUCACCCUCUUCGGCCUUCCCUGACCGCCAACCAUCACCGUCGACCACGACCCUCUUCCUUCUUCUUCCCUUCGCAGCGCCGCCGUCGCAACCUCCUUGGCUCAGCGCCGAACCAGUCUCCAGCCCACCAACCUCUGCUCAUCUCUCCACGAACCCUGAUCCACAUCCAUGUCCGAACCUUAGAGCCGCCUAGGGCGACUGAACCUUCGGCGACACCACCCAGCACGCCUCAACACCUUCACUGUUUCGAGGCCUCACCUCCGCGAUUCCACCAUCGCCGCACUCUUCUCGCCGAACCAGUUGCUGAGCACCACCGCACCCCAGGAGCUCACCCCUGCGUCUCAGCCUCUGUUCCGUCACUGCCGCUUCUGCCUACACCCCUGUUGAAGCCGCCACCUCUGGGCCGGCAUCCCUCCACCUCUGCUACUGCACAACCCCUGCUUCCCCUGUUUUUGCAUUUUUCUUUUCUGUUCUUCAAACAGCAUCACCAUCACUCUUGCAGCCACUCUAUCGCCUAACCCACCAGCUGAAGGUGGAGGUGACACAGUGAUGACUCCUUCCACUCCGCAUGAUCAUGAGCACCGAGGACCGUGCUACAUCUUAAGUGUGGGGUGGUUGUGUAUCUUCAGCAAGCGCAUUUUAGGUGACAAGCUUCAUUUCUGAACACUUUUAGUGUAGUUUCUUUUUAUGUUUUUUUGGUACUUUGUAUAUAAUUUAUCCUUUUGAGGAACUUUUUACUUAGCUUAUUGCACUUUUUAAUUUUGUUUGUACAUAACUUAGUAUUAUAUAGUAGUGAUGCAUAUUUUGAUAUUUUGCUCUUAAUUUUGGCUUGUGCAUAUGCUCUGUUGUGGAUAAUGUGAUGAUUGCACCGAGUUUGAUUUCUUAUAUACUUGUUGUUCUGCGCUGGGAUUCUUCCUCCGAGCUAUAACUCGAGCAAGUGCUCCUUUGGCUUGUUGCUUCGUGCUCAGAGAGAAUUCCUCGGGACUCUGUUAACGUCGACGUGGGACCUGCAAAAAGGACUCCGACGCCCAAGUUAGUAGGUUUCUUAAAAAUGCGGAAUGCUUUGUGAAAAUAAGAUUGGUAUGUGAUUUCUUAGUGUAGCUCAGUAUUGAAGGAUGUGACUUAGCUACACUUGGGGUUGUAGCUUAUAUUUAUAGACUUUCGGGGACUGAGCUUUGUAACGGUGUGAUGGGCGAAUAGCCUGGGAUUCUUGGGUUUGUUUUCCAUAUAUUUGUUAUCGUCCGGUUAUAGUGCGGAGAUCUUCGCGUAUGGAUAUGAAGAGAUAUUUUCAGUUGUGCUUAAUGCUUGGUCAAUGAUUCUGUAGCCGAAGUUGUUGGUAUGGUAUACAGCCCUCAAGCUUAUCCUGUAAAAAAUAGGUUGAGCUUUAUUUCGGCUUUAGAAUCAUUGUGCGUGAAAAUAUAGUGUAUACGGGCCCCCAAGAUCAACUUGUUUUUUUUUGGUGGGCUGCAUUUGGGCUUUGGUGCGCCAUUUCCUCUGGUUAUUGGAGAACGUGCGGGUGUUGGAAAAGAUGUCUUGGUAACUUCCACUUGUUUGUUCUAUGUUGUCCGCUUGUCUUCUGUUCUAGUAGAAACGAUGAGUAAGAAAGGUGAGAAGGCUUCUACUCUUACUACCGCUAAUUUAAAGGCAUUUGUUUCAAAGACUAAGAAGAAAGAAAAGGAAGGCUUGUCAACAAAUGUGAGGGAAAGCGAUAUUGUUUUUGAUUGUUCAACUGCUGAUGGUAGUCUGAAAAGAAAAAGGGGUGAUGGGUCGUUGAGAGCUCUUGAUCUUACUGGUGUUAAGGAAGAUGCUAGGGCAUUCACUGCGGAGGAGAUUUGUUCGGCUCAUGAGAGCCAGGUGAUGCUUCACGGCUAUAGAGAUGGUCCUGAACGAUCGCUGUGGUCUACUGGUUAUCCCUUCAUGGUCGUUUCGGACGAAUUUGCCCAGGUUGAUUCUGACGUAAAGAUCAUUCAUGAGGCUGGAAAAACUGGCGUGGCCCGGUAUUUGCAGGUCAUUGGGGCUCGGUUGAUGUCCAUUGGGAGGACCUCCGAGUUAGAUUCUAUUUUGGAAGGUGAUAAUGUUGCUGCCAUAAAAAAGCUGAAGGCUUCUUUGCAGGAAAAAGAUGAGAAGGUAUUAAAACUAAGGAAUGAGUUGAAGGCUACGAGAGAAAUUAAAAGAGGCAGGUACUGAGCUUACCAAGUUAAAGGAGGAUUCAGCUACUGAGAUUGGGAAAUUAAACUCUAGGAUUCCUGAGUUUGAGGAAUAAGUGCUGUCUGCUUUUACUUUAGGUUUCGAUCGAGCAGUUAGCCAGAUUGGUGUUGUGGUGCCUGAGGUUGACGUCAGCAUGUUGGAUGUUACAAAGAUUAUCCAAGAUGGGCAGUUGAUAGAAGAUGGGACAUUGGGUGAGAAGCAGGAUGAGAGUGAGUCAGUGGGGAAGGCUGAUUAGUGCUUCCUUUGUAUUUUGAUGUUUUUCUGUAUUAGUUUGUUUGUUUGAAAAUUUGGAUUUGGCUUGUUUGUUUCGCGAAACUGAAGUUUGGAUUCCUUAUUGGAAUAUUUUGGAAUGUUUAUCCCUAUGUAGGAUUUGUUUGUUUGUAAUGAGAGUAGUUGAUAGAUA